AUGAAGUUCUUAUUACCUAUAUUAGUGUUAAUAAUUUCUGAAUUAAGUGAAGGGAGAGUUGCAACUAGUGAAACAGAUGUCAAGCCUUUACCAGUUAGUGAUGUAAAGGACAGAGCACCAUUGAACUUUCCAUGCAAGUUCAGGACAUUACAAGGCGGAGAUCCUUAUCCUUCUGUCGUUGUGAGGUGGCAAGGACAAAUUCAAAGAUUGACUUGGGGGCAAGAUGGGCAGAUCACUUAUGAACAAAACUAUAAACAUCCUACUCAGUCGCAUGCUUAUCCAUCUAGCGGCGGUCUUUCUGGUGAUGAGGGAACAACAUAUUCUGAUCCGUUUGGUGAUGCGUCAGUAGUGCCAGACGACUAUAUUUUUGGUGACAUCGUAUCCUGGUUCAGCCGUGACUGUAAGCGCCCUUAUUAG